AUGGCAUGUCUUCCACGUCGACGAUUGAUUGGUGGUCGGCAAUCCAAAUCCGGCAUCCGGCAUCCGGCCGACGGUGAGGCGGCCGACGGUGAGGCAGCCAACGGCGAGGCGGCCAACGGCGAGGCGGCCGACAGCGAGGCGGCCGACGGCGAGGCGGCCGACGGCGAGGCGGCCGACGGCGAGGCGGCCGACGGCGAGGCGGCCGACGGCGAGGCGGCCGACGGCGAGGCGGCCGACGGCGAGGCGGCCGACGGCGAGGCGGCCGACGGCGAGGCGGCCGACGGCGAGGCGGCCGACGGCGAGGCGGCCGACGGCGAGGCGGCCGACGGCGAGAUGCUGGCGGCGAGGCGGCCGACGGCGAGGCGGCCGACGUACACGGAGCUGCGCAGCGACGCUGCCGGUAUCGUUGCUGUAAGGUUGGGCUGA